AUCAUGUAAUCAAAGUUUUGGGGUUUUGCGAAGAAUACAACUCUCUAAGGCUUAUUGGAUUAAAAUUAAAUUUUCUAGCUUGUUAAAUAAACCUUUUUAAUGCGAUUUGAGUUAGAUUCAAUUGAAUAAAAAUAAAAGUUACAAAGAAAUAGAAAGAUACAUCGUAUUUCGUGUGUGAUUGGUAAAUAUAGCGUAAGUGGAAGUAAAUUAAAGUAGCUGAACUAAGUGAAAAAAAUGGAGAGUAAAUAAAAUAAAUAAGUGUUACAUCGAGCGUAAUUGACAUUUCCACUUCAAAAACUAAAAGGAAAAUACAAAGAGAUUUACCUUCACUUAAACAGUAACCGGAGUAAAAGAAUAAAUUAAUAAUUAAAAUUUUUUCCACCUGAUUGGUAAGUUUAUGAGCUGAAAGUGGAGUAACAUAUUUAUAGCGAGAAUAUUAACGCUAUCGAUGACAGUCAUACCCGAAUUCGUAUAUAGAGUGCAUCAAAUCAAAUACAAAGAUAUUGAUUUUCUCACGUGUAGUAGUCGGUCUCCUACUCUAGACUCUAUGUGUCCGAAUGGAGGAACGGGACAAGUGCAGAUCUCCUGCACAUGCAGUUCUCCUGCACUGUAUUCACCAUUCACCAUUUUCUUUUUAUAAAAGCAGUUCAAGCGGGAGAUCUGCAUGCAGUUCAAUAUUUUUUGUCUUUUUGUGAAAAAAGCAGGAGAUCUGCAUGCAGAUCUCACCCGCCAAUAUUUGGUGGUGUUGAUCUGCUUUUUUUUUUGUCUGGUCAAUAAAUAACUUUGUUACAACAUAUAACUUUAAAAAUAUAUUUAUCUAGUUUUAUGAAUACAAUAUUUUUAUUUUAUUUUAUUUACAAUUUUAACAAUAUAAAAUUAUCAUUCUCUACUUAUUAUUUUUUGUCAUAUAAUUUUUAAUUUUUAUAAAUAAGAAAAUAAAAUAAGUAUAAGUAUCUUUUAAAACAUUUACAGGCAUUUCGGUCGAUCCUAUAAUAUCUAAGAUAUUUGUUUAGAUAUCUAAGUGUCAUUUUUAUUGUUUUAAUAUAUGAUCUAUAGUUUUGAACUCAUUUUGUCAUUCCUAAGUUAUAAUAAAUUAUUUGAUCCGGUUUUCUCCUGCAUGAUCCGCUUGAUCUGCACUUGUCCUGCUUGAUCUGUAUUUGUCCUGCUUGAUCUGCAUGAUCUGCUUGAUCUGUCCUGCUUGAACUGCUUUUACCAUUCGAAGCCUAUAGUAGUAGUAGUCCUUAGGGUCCGACUGGUUUACACGCAGCGGUUGCAGAUACGGAAAUUUGCGGAUGUAGGUGGUUGCAGUUUCAAACGUUAUUAAGCGUUUUGUAUCACUAGCACAACAUUUGAAAAUUAUUGCGUUUGCGAAAUAUUUGUGACUGGUUGAUUAUAAGAUAUUGCAGCGAUUGAAUAAUAAAUUAUACAUAUUAACAUAUUAUAACAUUAUAAAAAUAUAGAGAACAUACUAUUGUAAUAAAAUAUAAUAAUUAUCAAUAUAAUAUGAUUAAUAAAAAUAUUAUGUUUAUUUAUAAAAAAAAAUUAGUUGAAAGUUCUAAUUUUAAUAAACUUUUUUGAAGAUUUAUAUUAAAACUUUUUAAAAAAUAUUUUAUUUCGUUUCAUAUAUGAGUAUACCUUUAUAUAUGUGUGUAUAUUAGUGUUUUAAAUUGGCCAAUUUAGGUGAAUAUACAUAAACAGAGUGGUAAUUAGGUAGAUAGUUGCUUUUCAAAACUAUUUGCAGAAUCAUGGAAGGAGGGAGUGUGAAAUUACAUGAAACUCCACAACAAUGUAAGAGGUAAUAAUUAAAAAGCAUGUAAAGAGCAGGUUGAUAAAUUUGCCACAUCCAUGUGUCAGGUCUAUGCUAGUGGGUGCUAAUAAAGAUAUUUUCGGAUUAUAGAAAAGUGCACAGUGUAUUGUCCAUAUAGCUAAUUAAAUAAGUUUUCUAUGUUAUCCACCGCAAAUUCCCUUUAAAUUUCUAACAAAUAGUUAGGGUCUGACUGUAUAGCACUCAUGGAGUAAAAUAGUGGGAUAAAAAAAUUACUCUAGUUUCCUUUACUUUUAACCAAUCAGGUGAAAAAGAAAGAGUUCCGAAUAGUGAAUGCAGUUUGAACGGUGUGGAACAAACGGUUCAACUGCGGUGUGGUUCUAACAAUUAUAAAAAUGUAUAGAUAUAUAGUAUAUGUAAAGAUUUUUGUUACUGUUAAUUGCAGGAUAGAGUGGAAUGAUGGUCACCAUUCCAAGUAUUUACUCUCUUUCUGUUUGGAAUAAUCAUUGUUGUUUUGUCUUUUCUGAGUUAGUGGGUACGUUUUUCCACUUCUUCUUGCAGGAGUAACGUUAUGUAACUUCACAGAAUAUAAUUAUAUUACUAUAAUUUUUUUUUAUGUUACUCUCAGUUCCUCUGAUUUCUUAUUUCUCUUACCUGUGAUUUACUCCGUAUAUCUUCUUUUUUUUUUUUUUUUUUUGGUAAUCCUCCGUAUAUCUUCUUUCAGGUUACGCUACGUUGUUUCCCAGCCACAACCUUAGUUUAAAGUUUUUAUGAGUAGAAGUGAUAACCGCACCUGCGCGUGUGUAUCAGUAGUGCACAAAGCUUUUAUUCGCUACAGCUGAUUUCAUUUUCUCGUAUGCCUUACCACCGUAAAAAUCUUAUAAAGUUUCAAAACAGAACACGUGGCAUCAAGCCAUUGCCACCGGAGUGUGCCAUUUUGUUCUUUUUCCUUGUAGACGAGCACAGAGGAACAAAUAUGGCAAACGAUCAUGUUUGCGUAGUUAGCGACAGUUUGAGAGCAAAUAUGUGAACUGCACCCAACUUGCAGCGCAGGAAAACUCUCACGUGACAUGCACACGCAGAUCUCUCUCUCUUCCCCGGUAUAUAAAGAGCCCAAUCAGAUUUUUAAUUAAUGCGACAUUUUUUGAAACUUUUUUUUUAAUUUUUGUUCCCGUUCGUCCUUCUUCCUUCGUCGUCUCCAAAAAAGUUUUUCUUUCUGAGAAAUCGAAGGCGGAAGGAAAUAAGUUAAGAGGAGGAUCAUCUAUUCGAGGGAGCAACCAAAAAAGAUCAUGAUUGAAACGAUGUUCGUGAAGAGGUAUCCGUUCAGAGGAUCUUCUUCUUCCGCCGGAAAACACUCGUCGCCGCCGCCACCGACUGUCAAUGUGGCUCACCUAAGAGUCGGAUCUUAUUACGAAGUCGAUCACUCUGUUCAGAGGUCGCCGGAGCAACAGUCCAUCCGAAUCGGAAGCAACAGGAUGAACCGGAGUAAUGCUAGUCUUCUUCCCGUUUUGGACGUGGUGUCGUCGGAGCUAGCCGGGGAUUUGCUUUACAGGAGAGUCGCACCUCACCAAGUUUCCAUGAGUAGAAGAAACUCCUGGGUUUCAGGCAACGACGACAUUAAUCUCUCUCGCCCCCAAGGAAACUGCUUGUCCGAGCUGAAGUCGGGAGGGAUGAUCAAAUGGGGGAAGAGAAUGCGCGUGCGUUACCAGAGCCGGCAUAAGGAGGAGGAAGAUGGUGGGAACGAAACAGAAGCCUCUGAUUAUGCAGCCCGUAAGAGAAAAAAGCUGGUUGAAUCCAGCACUAGGAGACUCCCUCAGAAGAAGAAUAACAAGGAAGCCCAGAUCGUUGUUUAUAAGAGGAGAUCACCUAAUCAGUUUAUUGACAGAUGGUCUACUGAGAGGUACAAACGAGCUGAGAAGAACAUGUUGAAAGUGAUGAAGGAUAAAUAUGCAGUUUUUGGCAACCCCAUACUAAGACCAGAGUUGAGGUUAGAGGCGAGGAAGCUCAUUGGAGACACGGGUCUUUUGGAUCAUCUGCUUAAGCACAUGGCUGGUAAGGUUGCUCCUGGAGGUCAAGACAGGUUUAUGAGGAAACACAACGCAGAUGGGGCAAUGGAGUAUUGGCUGGAGAGCUCUGACUUGGUUCACAUAAGGAAAGAAGCAGGAGUUAAUGAUCCCUUUUUGACGCCUCCACCUGGUUGGAAGCUCGGUGACAGCCCUACUCAAGAUCCUAUCUGCGCUGGAGAAAUCCGUGACAUCAGAGGAGAAUUAGAUAUCCUGAAAAGAGAAUUGGAGAAACUCGCUUCAAAGAAGGACGAGGAGCUUGCAAUGAUGAUGAAUACACCUAUUUCCUGUGUUACGAGUCAGAACGUGGACCACGAUAAUAUGAUGCCUCUAGCAAAUGAAAUCUACACGGAUCUGCUGAAGAAGAAAGACAAAAUUAAGGACCAGCUAGUGACAAUUGCAGAAGCCUUGCAUAAAAUGGAGGAAGAUAUGGGAUGCCUUCGGAGGACAGUGGACGGGAACUGCCCUAGAAAGCCAGACUCAACAGAGAUGCCUUUGCUACUAGAGGAUUCACCAAUAAUGAAGACACUAGAGGGAGAAGUGAAUAGGGAAAACCAAAUCAAAGAGCUCCCUCAAAAAGGCAGGAGAGAUGAACGCCCACUACUCUCACUCAAGAACAACACUGGUUUUAGAAUCUGCAGGCCUGUGGCGAGUUUCUCAUGGCCCAACCUGCCUGCUCUUGCUGCUGCUACUGACAAUGAUGAAAUUGCUUCUUUGCCAAGUCACCACCGACUAUCUCCUUCCCUUACUUGUCCGGUCAAGCCGCUUGCAGCUAAGCGUCCUCUCGUCUUGCCUUUUCCAUUCACCGCCACUCCCCAAGAUCAAGCUCCCACGGAUCUUUUCAACCUUUAAAGCUCUCACUGGAAACUGCAAGUGAGCUCUGAUUUGGUUUAGUCUGGAUUUAUAAACUACAAGCAAGCAGGUAUUUACAGCCAUCAUUUAUUACAGAAUUUAAAGCACGGAGAGAAGUUAUUAUAUUAUUCUUAUGGAAAUAAUUGACAAUUUUGAAAAGUUCCCCUCUUUAAUUUAGGUAUUUUGUCUCUGGUUAAGUAUAUAUAGAGGGGGGUAUGACAUGAUUCGGCUUAUCAUAGAGACCAUAUAUUUCAAUACUGGGAUCAGUGGUUCUAUAUUACUGAACAUUUUUUUUUACAUAUGAAAUAAAGAAACAAAUAUCCUAA